AUGAACGGCGUGGAAGAAACCUGUUUGCCCCCCAGCAGCUUCCACGAAAUGGUUAAGAGCCCAGGCGCCUGUUCGCGAGUUCACAGCAUCGACGUGAUCCUGGGAUUUGCGAAGGAUCAAUCCGUGCUCAGCCCGGCGCCCCUUCCUUCCAAAUGCUCCCAGGAGCAGGGCGAGAGCCAGCAGACUGCCUGUUACAGCCCCAUCCCCGGCCUUGGGCUCCGGGAGGUCACCGACCGGCCUCACACCUUUGACGAUUCCAGGCUGUUCUUGAACAAGGAUUUUGGUGAGCUGACAGACAGCGAGCAGAAAGCCGAGCAGAAAAUGGAUGAGGAGCCACCUAAGAAGAAGCACAGGAGGAACCGCACUACCUUCACCACGUACCAGCUCCACGAGCUGGAGAGAGCCUUCGAAAAGUCCCACUACCCCGAUGUGUACAGCAGAGAGGAGCUAGCCAUGAAAGUCAACCUGCCUGAAGUCCGGGUGCAGGUAUGGUUUCAAAAUAGGAGGGCAAAGUGGAGGAGACAAGAGAAGAUAGAGGCUAGUGCAAUGAAAUUGCACGAUUCUCCCAUGCUAUCCUUUAAUAGGCCACCGAUGUCCUCCAGUGUUGGACCCUUAAGCAAUUCCCUUCCACUGGAUCCUUGGCUAACAUCUCCCAUCUCUAGUGCAACUUCCAUCCACAGCAUACCCAGCUUCAUGGCGGCACCGCAAGGCUUACAGACCAACUACUCAAGCCACUCAUUCUUAAAUUCUCCACCACCGAUGGUCCAGACAAUGCAGUCGAUGGGAUCGCCAACCUACCAAUGCGCAACAACAUUUGUGGACAAAUAUCCUUUGGAAGAUGUAGACCAGAGAAGUUCCAGCAUUGCCUCCUUAAGGAUGAAAGCCAAGGAACACAUCCAGUCCAUCGACAAAAGCUGGCAAAAUAUCUGA